GUUCCGGGGAUGAGGAGGCGGCGGCGCGCCGAGACGAUGCUCCGGACCUGAAGAGUCGCCGGCACAAGGCGCGGCGGCCGAGCGCAGCGCCGACCCGCGGGAUGGCUCAGCCGGCGGGCCCGGCGGGCGGCGGGGAGCCCCGGGCGGAGCCGGCGGGUGGCGAGGGGCCGCCGGACCCCGAGGCGGCGGGCGGCCCGCCGGACGCGCUGAGCUUGGAGGAGAUACUGAGGCUCUACAACCAGCCCAUCAACGAGGAGCAGGCGUGGGCCGUGUGCUACCAGUGCUGCGGCUCCCUGCGUGCCGCGGACGCCGGCCGCCGCCAGCCCCGCCACCGCGUGCGCUCAGCCGCGCAGAUCCGUGUCUGGAGGGACGGCGCCGUCACCCUGGCGCCCGGCGACGCGGGAGAGCCGCCCCCCGCUGCGGGUAAAUUGGGAUACUCACAUUGUACAGAGACAGAGGUUAUUGAAUCUUUGGGAAUUGUUAUUUAUAAAGCACUGGACUAUGGUUUGAAGGAGAAUGAAGAAAGGGAGUUAAGCCCACCCCUAGAGCAGCUCAUUGAUCACAUGGCCAACACGGUCGAAGCUGAUGGCAGCAAUGAUGAGGGCUAUGAGGCUGCGGAUGAAGGCCUGGAAGAUGAAGAAGAUGAAAAGAGAAAAGUCUCAGCCAUCCGGUCAUAUAGAGAUGUCAUGAAGUUAUGUGCUGCUCAUCUGCCAACUGAAUCAGAGGCACCAAAUCAUUAUCAGGCAGUAUGUCGUGCACUGUUUGCAGAAACAAUGGAGCUGCAUACAUUUCUGACUAAAAUUAAGAGUGCAAAGGAGAAUCUUAAGAAGAUUCAAGAAAUGGAAAAGAGUGAUGAAUCUAACACAGACCUGGAAGACCUGAAAAAUGCUGACUGGGCUCGAUUCUGGGUACAGGUGAUGAGGGAUUUGCGGAAUGGAGUAAAACUUAAGAAGGUCCAAGAGCGGCAGUACAACCCUUUGCCCAUUGAAUAUCAGCUCACCCCGUAUGAGAUGCUAAUGGAUGACAUUCGAUCUAAAAGAUACACUUUGCGAAAAGUAAUGGUGAAUGGUGAUAUUCCCCCUCGGUUAAAAAAAAGUGCUCAUGAAAUCAUCCUGGACUUCAUCAGAUCAAGACCCCCUUUAAAUCCGGUCUCAGCCAGAAAACUGAAACCCACUCCACCACGGCCACGGAGCCUCCAUGAAAGAAUAUUAGAAGAAAUCAAAGCAGAAAGAAAGCUGCGGCCUGUCUCCCCAGAGGAAAUUAGACGGAGCAGAUUAGCAGAUGUAACUACUCCUGAACCUCCAAAGAACGUUGUGGAAUCAUCAAUGGUGAAUGGAGGUUUAACAUCACAAACAAAAGAAAAUGGGUUGCGCGCUGCACAGCAGGUGCCUGUGCAGCGGAAGAAGCUCCUCAAAGCCCCAACUCUGGCUGAACUGGACAGCUCAGACUCUGAGGAGGAAACUCUGCACAGAUCAGCCAGUAGCAGCAGUGUGUCUCCCUCUUUCCUUGAAGAUCCCUCAGUAGAGGCUGUGUCCACGAGGAAGCAGCCUCCGAAAUUCUUGCCCAUAUCAUCAACACCCCAGCCAGAGAGACGGCAGCCACCCCAGAGACGACAUUCCAUUGAAAAGGAAACACCCACUAAUGUAAGACAGUUUUUGCCACCCUCCAAGCAGAGCUCCCGAUCUCUUGUUCCUAGGAUAACCAGUGUAUGGCCAAGGACGCCUUUCCGACCACUUUUUUCUACCAUACAAACAGCUUCUCUGCUCAGCUCUCAUCCUUUUGAAGCAGCCAUGUUUGGGGUAGCAGGGGCUAUGUAUUAUCUAUGUGAGAGAGCUUUUACCAGCAGGUGGAAAUCCUCAAAGGAGGAAUUCUGCUAUCCAGUGGAAUGCCUAGCUCUUACUGUGGAGGAAGUGAUGCAUAUUCGUCAGGUCCUGGUGAAGGCAGAGCUGGAAAAAUACCAACAGUAUAAAGAUGUCUACACCGCCCUGAAAAAAGGAAAGCUCUGCUUUUGUUGCCGAACCAGGAGAUUUUCCUUCUUCACCUGGUCUUAUACCUGUCAGUUCUGUAAGAGGCCCGUGUGUUCACAGUGUUGCAAAAAGAUGCGGCUGCCCUCUAAACCAUACUCCACUCUUCCCAUCUUUUCAUUGGGACCUUCUACCUUGCAAAGAGGGGAAAGUUGCAUGAGGCCAGAAAAACCCCCCACUGGCCACCAUCGGCCACUCCGGAGCAUUGCCAGGUUCUCCUCAAAAUCUAAGUCUGUGGACAAAUCAGAUGAAGAACUACAGUUUCCCAAAGAGUUGAUGGAGGACUGGAGUACUAUGGAGGUGUGCGUAGACUGCAAAAAGUUCAUUUCGGAAAUCAUCAGUUCGAGCCGGCGCAGCCUGGUGUUGGCCAACAAAAGAGCACGAUUAAAAAGGAAAACACAGUCUUUCUAUAUGUCCUCACCGGGCCCCUCGGAAUACUGCCCUUCAGAGAGGACUAUCAAUGAAAUCUGAGCCUGUGCCUUUCGGUUGCUUUGUGUUCAGAGUCGGCACUAGCGCGGGAGAAACACUGAGCUGCACUGUCUCCUUGCCGCGGUCUUAGUUAAUAGGCUUGAAUUCGCAUUAGAUCAGGUUUUUGCUGCAUCACGUUGUUCCACAGACUGAAUGCUGUGUUCAUAUCGAUUGAUGGUAUGUGACAGGUCAGCCGAUUGCUCCUUUGCACUGAGAGAUAACAAUAGUUUGAAACUUGCUUGUGUGUGUGUGUGUGUGUGUGUGUGUGUGUGUGUGUAUUUGGAGGCCAGAAACUUUUUCCUUAGUUCAGUUCCUUACUGUUCCUCAGAUAAUUUCCUGACUAAGGCAAAAAGCUUCUCACGUGGGAAAUCAGCCUCACAAAGGCAUCGAUGUUAGCACAGUCCUAAGCAGUAAGUCAUAUUGGCAUUUCCACCUGACAGUGUUCCUAUCUAAUGUACAUAGUGACCAGGCCCCGCCACACACCAGGUACCUGGAGUCGGGGCCAGGCUGCUCAUCAUCUCAUGGCACAAAACCUGGAAGGAUUUGUUCAUACUGUCAAACUGACUUUAAAUUAUUGUUGCUCUGAGAUAAAGACUCCGAGGGACUUUACGCCUGCAUUCUAGUGCAAAACAUCUGGAUAAGCCGUACACCCAAGUGGGUGACCGUUUUCCUCCAAGCUGCUGUGUUUGCCCCAGUGCAAUGGAUCAGUGUCUCCUGAGUGGGUGACAGGUUUUCAUUCCCUUUCUUGAAUGUAUUAUGGUUACUUGUAGUUUUGCAACAGAGGUCUAAGAAUUAAAGUUUUGUGGGAGUUUCAGGAGAAAGGAACGCCAAAAGUCUGUCAAGAAGUUGAGUGUGUUUUGGGUAACUAUGGGGAGGGUUGUGACCGCACAGGGUGCCAGCUAUUGCCGCGCCACGGGGACUGAGCUGGAGCUCUUCCAUUUUCAGCUACAUUUUUCAUAACUUUAUAGUCUUAGCCAUCACGACUAAAUUAAGCCACAAUUUGGUAUCUAAGGUCUCAAACUGAAAUUAAUUUAUUUUUAUAAAUGAAUUUUAAGGGAAAAACAUUGUCUAGUUCUUUUAAAAUUACAAGAAAAUUAACCCACCAAUAGGCUUUUUGGAUGCUUUUUGCACAAGUUUUCCUUGUAAAUGACUGGAGUGAGUAGGGUGGGUUUUUGAUGAAGUAGGUUGGAGGAUGGCAUUAUAUACCUGAAAUUUCUCUGCUUGUUUGUCCCAUUCCAGGAGCUGUACUUUAUUAUUUUAGUAUGCUUAGAAAUGACCAAAUUGCCAUUGAUGUUUGGAAAAUCAGUGAAUGCACAUACGCAAUAAUUUCCUGAAAGCUAUAGGACACGCCUGUAGUCAGCACUGCAACAGCACCAUUACAUAAGAGGCAUGGCAGUCACAUUUCAUACCACAGCAGAGUAGAGUAACAUUUCUAUAUUAGAUUAACAGUAAUACCUCAGAACUGCUCUGGUAGUAGUUUUUAAUGGAUUGAAAUUUACAAUUUAGUAAAUGGCUUAAAAUUACUUAUACUUAAUGAAAUAAACUUUACCAAUUGACUAAAAUAAUGCAUGUUAACAGUUCGUCUGUGUUUGCAUGUGAAAGUGGGCCACCAGAGAACCCUUGAGUUUGCAAGUGUUUAAAUUAUUUUAAAGACUCUUGUGUAAGAGAUUUAAACAUUAUAUUGGGCAAAUCUAAUUUAUAACAUUUUCCAAGGGACUAUUUGGACUCUGUACCCCAGAAGGUUUGGUGGAAGCCAUGCCCUUUGAGGGCCCCAGGCUUGUACCUCUAAAUGACUACCAGGAAAAGGAACGGUAUGUGUAUACAUAUACAGACAUGACCUACGAUAGUGUGCUUUUUAAAAUAAUGACUAGUUUACUGCUGUUACUAAAACAUAAGAAACUAAGCCCCCCAAAUGAGAAUUUCGUUCACAUUCACAAGGCAGAUAUCUAGCCUCUCUCAAUGUUUGGCUUCACCUCUUCAGGUUUAUGAUACUGUAUGGGCUGAUUUAGGCAUGAUCACUCUUACCAGAGCAUUAGAAUGUAAAUCCUUCAGCAGCAUUAACGAGGUUUGUCAAAUGGAUGGUAUGUCUACGUGAGAGAGUUUGCAGAAAGUAGUGUAAGAAGAGGGCAUGUGGCACAGUUAAACUUGCAGACGUUGAAUUAACAUCACUUUUUGUUGCCAAAACAAUUUCUUACAUUUACCCUUUCCUUACCCAUGACAUGUACCCAUCACCUCGACUAAAUUAGGUAAUCUGCCGAGGGUGAUUCACCAGCAGCUUGUGGAGCAUGGUUGCACCAUCCUUAGCCUAGUCUGACAUUAGGACUGCCUCCCUCUUCUUAACUACUAAAAUAACAUACCAUCACAGUGUUCCUUUUUUUUCCUGGUUUCCGGCCACUGGGCAUUUAUACCUGAUCCAGCAACAACAAAUUAUUGGCUAGCUGGUCUCAAAAGGAGCCUGGUGUGUCUGAGAGCUCGCACGCACACUGAAGCAGCCCUUGGCGCGUCCUCCAGCACCGUCCUUUUGUCCCAGACCUCACGAGCUUGCCCUGCUGGGAGGUGGUUCCUUCCCCACGGCCUAACUUUCUACCCAUGUCAGAGUGGUUAAGAAUGCUUGUAAAUAGUGUAAUAUAUUUAUUAAUAUUUGAAAGGCAUUCAUUCAGUGGACAAUGGGAAUUAACUCUCCCAGGGCAAGUAAAAAUUAAGUCAAAUAAUUGAUAUGUACAUUGACUUAACAGUCUUACUAGAUUUCAAGUCUUAAGCCUUUCAAAUUAAACCAGAAGGUUGUUAUGUAGGAGUUUUAAAAAUGAUCUUACUUUUGAGGAAACUGUGUGAUUAGCACCGUGAACUCAUACCAUGAAUUUUUUAAGGCUUUUAUUUUUCUAACUGUAUUCAUAAAUAUAGGACUGGAUUUUAGGUGCCACAGAGGAGACAUGGGCGUUUUAAAUUAUGUUGCUAUUUGCUAAAGCAAAAUGGCAGAAAAUUUUGUUCAUGCAAAACUGUACACUGACUGGACUUUGUCCUGGCUUCCUGUGUGUAUAAAAGUCAAGGUAUUGCUGGCAUUCAGGGUGACAUAUCGGUACUAAACAUUUUCCAUUCAAGUCUUUUAUUUUAAAUAAGUUUAGGGAAAAAUAAAAUGGCUUUCCAUCAUAA